CCUCCUCUCUUCUGUGUCUCUCACUCUACUUCGCUUCUGAGUUUUUGAGCCUGAAAUUUCUCUCUUGUUGUAAGGUUUCUGUGAUCUUGUGUCAUGGGGUUUAUAGUUUUGGUUAUUGAUCAGGCCUAAGAGAGUGGCUAAUCUUGUAUUGUGAAAUUCCUAAACGUUUAGCUGAUUUCAAGGGUUGUGUUUCACAAGAUCUUGUAGAUCGGUGAUUGAAACCUUGUGAUCUGAGUGGUUUUUGAUGUACUCUUACUCUCUUGGAAGGUAGAUUGUGCCAUAGUGGAACGGGCUGUCCCUGAACCCACCAGAUUAGGCCUAUUUCGGCUGAAUUGGGUCAACAAUUUUGGUGUUCUUGUGUUCCUUUUUUUGUUCUUGUUGUGUGUUUUUGGUUUUAUUACAAAUCCUGUUUGAAAAUCAACCGUAAAAUUCUUUACAGUACAUCCUAAGUUUCCAAACAAAUAGCAACCACUUAAAAUGUCAGCUUCCAUCAUUGGUUCUUUAGCCAAGAAUCGAGUCCUUAUAGUCGGAGCAACCGGUUUUAUCGGCCAUUUUAUAGCACAAGCAAGCCUUGACACGGGCGGAUCAACAUAUAUUCUUAUCCGAUCACUUCCACAAUGCCCAGCUGAGGCAAAAGCCGUUAAAGCCUUUGAGGAUAAAGGAGCCACCAUCUUACAUGGUGCUAUAAAUGAUCUAGAAUUCAUGGAGAAAAUACUAAAAGAGCAUGAAAUAGACAUAGUAAUAUCAGCUGUUGGCGGUGCUAACAUAAUGCACCAGUCGAUCCUAAUCCAUGCCUUGAAAGCAGUUGGAACCAUUAAGAGAUUUUUACCUUCUGAAUUUGGACACGAUAUCGAUAGGGCGGAUCCAGUUGAACCCGGGCUCUCCAUGUACAAAGAGAAGAGGACAGUGAGAAGACUGAUUGAAGAGACAGAAAUUCCAUAUACUUAUAUUUGUUGCAAUUCAAUUGCUUCUUGGCCCUACCAUGACAACAAACACCCUUCAGAAGUUUUACCACCGCUCGACCAGUUCCAAAUUUAUGGAGAUGGAAAUGUUAAAGCUUAUUUUGUUGCAGGCUCUGAUAUUGGGAAGUUCACAAUGAAAGCAGCUAUAGACGUACGUACUUUGAACAAAUCUGUUCAUUUUCGGCCACCAAACAAUUGUCUGAACAUGAAUGAGCUUGCUCUUUUGUGGGAGAAGAAAAUUGGUCGAAACCUCCCAAGAGUUACCGUCUCUGAAGAUGACCUACUUGCUGCUGCACAAGAGAAUAUGAUACCUAAAAGCGUAGUGGCAUCGUUUACACACGACAUUUUCAUAAAGGGAUGUCAAGUUAAUUUCUCCACUGAUGGCCCUAAUGAAGUUGAAGUCACAAGCCUCUAUCCCGAUGAGCGAUUUAGAACCGUCGAUGAGUGUUUUGAUGAUUUCAUCGUCCAAAUGAACGGCCAGCAGAUUGGUGAAGAAGAAGAGAUAACUAACCCAAGUCCAGUGGUUGAACUUUGAAGUGUUUGCUAUCUGGUUGAACUAACCCAAGUCUGGAAAUUUGUUGUAUUUAAUUUUCUUGUCACUGGGUCAUUUUGGGCACGUUGAAUCGGGAAUUAUUGAAUAAUUUCCCCCUUAUUUUUAAUUA